AAGUCCUACGGUACCUCUAUGUUUAACUUUUUAAGGAAUUGCCAAACUGCUUUCCAAAGCAGCUACACCAUUUACAUUCCCAUCUCUCCAGUUCCUUGACAAUACUUAUUGUCUAGCUCUUUGAUCAUAUCUACCCUAAGGAUAUAAAAUUGUCAUUUAUCGUGGUUUUGAUUUGCAUUUUCCUGAUGACUAACGAUGUUGAGUAUCCUUUCCUGUGCAUCUUGGCCCUUUAUAUCUUCUUUGGAGAAAUGUCUAGUCAACUCUUUUGCCUAUUUUACAUUGGGUUAUUUGCCUUUUUAUUAUCUAGUUGAAGUUCUUUACAUAUUCUUGAUUGCUGUUCUUUAUCAGAUAGAUGAUUUGCAAAUAUCUUCUCCCAUUCUGUGGUUGUCUUUUCACUUUUUUGAUGGUGCCCAUUAAAGCACUAAAGUUUUUAAUUUUGAUAAAACCUAAUUCGCUUACUUUUUCUCUUGUGCUUGUCCUAUCGAAGAAACCAUUGUCUAACCUCAAAUCAUGACUUACUCCUAUAUUUUCUCCUAAGAGUUUUAUAGUUUUAGCUCUUACAUAUACACACAUAUUUUUAAAGGACAGAGGGAUACUUAUCAAAUUGUUAAGAGUGGUCAUCUCUGGGGAAGGGAAAGAAAUUGGGAUUGAGUUAGGAUGUGAUGGGGAUUUUCAUUUUUUCUGCCAUAUAUUUCUGUACUGUUUGGAUUUUUUUAAUAAGCACUGCUUACUUUGAUCAUUUAAAAUAAAUAGACUUUUUAAAGGAUUCAAAAUUGUACAUAGUUACACAUGGUCAAAAACUAAAAGAUAUUAGGCAGAAGGAACAUAUCCAAAAAGCUAGUUAUUAGACUCUGCGCGAUGGUCGUGUUAGGAAAGGGUUCUUCAAAAAUAUAGCGUCUAACCUAAGACCAGAAGGUGAAGGUGUACCCUGUAUAAAGAUGGGAGUAAGAAAAUGUUUAGUUGGAAAGAUAUUGUUGGAGCCUAUGGGAGAGAGAGGGAUCAUUAAAAGAACAACAACAAAAAAAAUGCUUUGAACUAUCUGGAUUGGAGAAUGGAAGGGGGGUAAGUAAGGGGAGGGGGACAAGAGGGAGACGGGACAAAUAUCCUUGUCUACGUUAAGAGUUGUAGGUAGGGGAGUGCCCUGAUUAAAAAUUUUUUAACGACCACUCUGGGACUAUGGAGAGAACGAGGGGAAGGAGCGCGGAGUUCCAAUAGCAGACAGUUGCAGGGAUCCAAAGAAAUGAUGGUAGGCAGAGUCGAGCACUACUGGGAAAGGAGAGCAGGGCCUGGUUUGAGAAAUCCUUACGACUUGGCGACUGGACGAGGAGCUGAGGAAAACUCAGUGUCCGAGAUCGACUCGCAAGUUCCCACGUGACAGCCGAGUUGCCAGGUGGCCCAUUAACUAGCUGGGUUAGUAGCAGCGCGUUAGGGAGGACGAUGAUGAAUGCGUUCGGACGUGUGGGUGUGAGUUACCUGUGGAGCACCCAGGGAGGUGUUCAAUAGGGCGCUGGAUGUAGGGGCUAGAGCUCCGAGAGACGUCGGUGCUGACGGGGAAGGUGGAGUCAGUCCGGCCCUGAACCACUGCCUGGGAUCUGGCUGUGGUUCUGCCAAUGAUCCUGUGAGUGUUGACGAGUCACCGCUGCCCCUGGAGGCCCCUGUCCUGGAGUGGCCCACCUGCCUGCCCCCAGCAUGGCGUCCGACACUCCGGAGUCCCUGAUGGCCCUCUGCACCGACUUCUGCCUGCGCAACCUGGAUGGCACCUUGGGCUACCUGCUGGAUAAGGAGACUCUGCGGCUACAUCCAGACAUCUUCCUGCCCAGCGAGAUCUGUGACCGGCUCGUCAAUGAGUACGUGGAGCUGGUCAACGCCGCCUGCAACUUUGAGCCACACGACAGCUUCUUCAGCCUCUUCUCAGAUCCCCGCAGCACCCGCCUCACCCGUAUCCAUCUCCGCGAGGACCUGGUGCAGGACCAGGACCUGGAAGCCAUUCGCAAGCAGGACCUGGUGGAACUGUACCUGACCAAUUGCGAGAAGCUGUCCGCCAAGAGCCUGCAGACGCUGAGGAGCUUCAGCCACACCCUGGUGUCCUUGAGCCUCUUUGGCUGCGCAAAUAUCUUCUACGAGGAGGAGAACCCAGGGGGUUGCGAAGACGAGUGCCUGGUCAACCCCACCUGCCAAGUGCUGGUAAAGGACUUCACCUUCGAGGGCUUUAGCCGCCUCCGCUUCCUCAACUUGGGCCGCAUGAUCGAUGGGGUCCCCGUGGAGUCCCUGCUGCGACCGCUCAACUCGCUGGCCACCUUGGACCUCUCAGGCAUUCAGACGAGCGACGCAGCCUUCCUCACCCAGUGGAAAGACAGCCUGGUGUCCCUCGUGCUCUACAACAUGGACCUGUCGGACGACCACAUCCGCGUCAUCGUCCAGCUGCACAAGCUGCGACACCUGGACAUCUCACGAGACCGCCUCUCCAGCUACUACAAGUUCAAGCUGACUCGCAAAGUGCUGAGCCUCUUUGUGCAGAAGCUGGGAAACCUCAUGUCCCUGGAUAUCUCCGGCCACAUGAUCUUGGAGAACUGCAGCAUCUCUAAGAUGGACGAGGAAGCAGGGCAGACCAGCAUCGAGCCUUCCAAGAGCAGCAUCAUGCCGUUCCGGGCUCUGAAGAGGCCACUGCAGUUCCUUGGGCUCUUUGAGACCUCCCUGUGCCGCCUCACACACAUUCCUGCCUACAAAGUAAGUGGUGACAAAAACGAGGAGCAGGUGCUGAAUGCCAUCGAGGCCUACACGGAGCACAGGCCCGAGAUCACCUCACGGGCCAUCAACCUGCUUUUUGACAUCGCACGCAUCGAGCGCUGCAGCCAGCUUCUCCGAGCCCUGAAGCUGGUCAUCACGGCCCUCAAGUGCCACAAGUAUGACAAGAACAUUCAAGUGACAGGCAGCGCCGCCCUCUUCUACCUGACCAAUUCCGAGUACCGCUCAGAGCAGAGCGUCAAGCUGCGUCGGCAGGUCAUCCAGGUGGUGCUGAAUGGCAUGGAAUCCUACCAGGAGGUGACGGUCCAGCGGAACUGCUGCCUGACCCUCUGCAACUUCAGCAUCCCCGAGGAGCUGGAGUUCCAGUACCGCCGUGUCAACGAGCUCCUGCUCAGCAUCCUCAACCCCACGCGGCAGGACGAGUCGAUCCAGCGCAUCGCCGUGCACCUGUGCAACGCCCUGGUCUGCCAGGUGGACAAUGACCACAAGGAGGCCGUGGGCAAGAUGGGCUUUGUUGUGACCAUGCUGAAGCUGAUUCAGAAGAAGCUUCUGGACAAGAUAUGUGACCAGGUGAUGGAGUUCUCCUGGAGUGCACUGUGGAAUAUCACAGACGAGACACCCGACAACUGCGAGAUGUUCCUCAACUUCAACGGCAUGAAGCUCUUCCUGGACUGCCUGAAGGAAUUUCCAGAGAAGCAGGAGCUUCAUCGAAAUAUGCUGGGACUCUUGGGGAAUGUGGCAGAGGUGAAGGAGCUGCGUCCCCAGCUAAUGACUUCCCAAUUUAUCAGUGUCUUCAGCAACCUGCUGGAGAGCAAGGCCGACGGGAUCGAGGUGUCCUACAAUGCCUGUGGCGUCCUCUCCCACAUCAUGUUUGAUGGGCCAGAGGCCUGGGGCAUCUGUGAACCCCAGCGGGAGGAGGUGGAGGAGCGUAUGUGGGCAGCGAUUCAGAGCUGGGACAUCAACUCACGGAGAAAUAUCAAUUACAGGUCUUUUGAGCCAAUUCUUCGCCUCCUUCCCCAGGGCAUCUCCCCCGUCAGCCAGCAUUGGGCCACCUGGGCCCUGUACAACCUUGUGUCUGUCUACCCGGACAAGUACUGCCCCCUGCUGAUUAAAGAAGGUGGGAUGCCCCUUCUGAGGGACAUGAUCAAGAUGGCGACUGCACGGCAAGAGACCAAGGAGAUGGCCCGAAAGGUGACUGAGCACUGCAGUAACUUUAAAGAGGAGAACAUGGACACGUCCAGAUAGAGGCCUCCGCCCGUGGCCGCCAAUGCUCUGGACCGCCAGGCCCGCAGGAAGCACUCUCAAGCAGCCCAGCUGGCAGACCCCCACUCGGGAGCCUCCCACUGGACGAAGGGACACAGGGGGACUUUUGCACAACCGACGCUUUUCCUUAACAUUAGUGAGAUAUAUAUAUUAUAUAUAUAUAUUAUUUUUUUUUGUUAGGAAGUGUGAAGUUUUGUGUGUAUGAUUUCUGUACAAAAACAAAAGAAACACUCCCUGAGUCCUUGCAGCUUCCUUGGCCAUUCUCAAGCCCCAACUUCAAAGCCUUCGUCGCUGCCACACUCACGCCUACCCCUGCCAGACUCAAUGCCUCUAACAUUGUGAGUGUCCGGUCUUUUCCCAGUGAUCUCCGACCCUGGCCUCGCUUCCUGUUACGAGAGGCAGCAGGCUUCGGCAGCCCCUCCAGCACCCUAACCCACCCGCCAAAGCCUGAGAACCUCAUCUGGCUUCCUGGGGGUGGCUGAUAGGGUUUAGGGAUUCAAAGUAACCCCACUGGGUCUCCCAAAUGCCUUGGUGCUCCCAGCUGUGGGCCAUCUGGGCCAAGGAAGUGAGCCGUGCCCAGGCCUGGGCCCAGGCAGCCUCCGCCCCAGAGGUCUCUCGAGGAUCGGGGCUCACAGUGGCCCUGCUGCUCUCUGGCCAGGCCCCCCUGAGGCCACGCUGCUAUGGAGGCUGCCUCCUAGUCUCCCACCAGGUCCCAGGCUGUUGAAGGCCCCAGCCCAAGGCUGGUCAGAACUCAGGCAGAUCCCACUGCUCCUUCUGCCAAACAUACCCAAGACCUGCCCCCAGCUCUGGAAGCCAGCACCUUCUGGGGCCCGGGGCUUGCUCCCUUACUCCCCAGCCCUUCAUCUGCCCACAGCACCCAAGGUGCCCAGGCACCCCACCAGCAGAACUGAGCCUGCCCCAUUCGCCCCUGCCUGCCCCGCAGCCCAGAGGACCCCUCACCUCUCACAGGCAGAGGCUCCCCACGCCAGCCUUUCGAGCGGCAGCAGGCGGAUGCCUCCAGACCAGCACUUGGCACAUCCUGCAGGGAAGCCCCUCCCACCCUGCCUCCUGCCUUUACCUUGAGAACCUCUGGGCUGCAUUUCAGAGAAGUAUGAAGCCCAAAUGUAUCUCAGAAUAGCUUGUUCUCCCUCCGAAUUGCUCCUCGUGGGACAGAGGUGGGUGAGGAGGCCCCUUUAGGACCAGGAGCAGGGUUGACUCUGCAGGCGGCCCCUGGGGCCAGGUUCCUCCCUCCUCCUGCCCUGGGCCUGUUUUUGGAUUCUCCUGGCAUUUCUGUCUCCAGGCAGAACAGGCCAGAGCUGCAGCCCAGGGGCGAGGCGCCUGGCCUUUUUCCCCUGGAGUCUUUCCCUUUCAGCCCUGGGCCACAGCUGCCUGGUGUUCCCCUAGCUUGGCAGAUGGGCCACAGCUGCCCCUCCCUUCCAUGCUCUCGUGGCCUGAGCCAGACCCCAGGCAGAGCUCACAUCGCAUUGCUUUACCACCUGGGGCCUGGGGAAAUGUCUGUACUGUGGGAUAUCACAGAAAUACAUUUUUGUGCAAAGUGGA